CCGCAUAUAAUCCAACCACCGUACCCGACGCAUGAUGCUACUCUCUCCGUCCCACCGCCGCCGUUCACGAUCGGCCAAUCCGGACAUGUUUUCCGAAAACGAGAUUGCGUCGUGGACGUACGCGUUCGACGACCCCAGAGAUCCUCCGCGCCGACUCGGCAAAGUCGCCCAUGUGGCGAAAAGGUCGAACGGUAGGGAAGACAUGGACCACACAAGAAGAAUGAAGUCAAGAAAAAUAUCUCUCGAAAUGCCUCGUCCCCCGCUGCACCGGAGGAGACAGUCCUUCACUUCUUCAUCCACGCGUACCCCGCUUCCGUUCCGAUCUGCGGAUUUCAACCUGCAAAGGAUGUCCGCGUCCCAUUGCCCUUCGGCAAAUCCCCAUCUCACCAACGACGCUGGGAUCUCGAGUCUCACGGAAUUCGAUCUGCUACGGAUGCGAUGUGAGGCAUUCGACGAGCUUCACAAAGCUGUCAUUGACAGCGAGGAGGGUCUGGUCAAACGUAUGCGAGAGAUGGAAGGGACCAGGAGCAGACCCGGGCCGUACGCGUACGCGAAGGAGCUGCGCGAGCAACGACGCUCAAGGUCGGAGACUAGACGCACGCAAGACGCGGCUGGCGAGGAAGACGAAGGGGGUGAUGACGAAGAUGUGGUGUUCAUUGGAGAUACCAGUCUCGUCAGCGAUCCAACAUCCGCAUCGUCCAAUGCGCACGAAAGCUCGCCGGAUGCAAUGGAACUCGACCCACCUGAUGUCGGUGCGGCGCAUACAGCUGUCUCAUACGACCCCCGCGCUUCUCCGGGCUCGUUAUCUACCUCGCCCGCGUCCUCGGCGGUGCUCACCCCAGCCGUACGCCUCCCAUCAGACGACACGCUGGAUCCAUCCAUCUCCGCGCUUUCCCUGCCACCGUCCAUCGCUCCUCCGCACCCCAAUCCGGCAACUCAAAACAAAACACAUCGCGGAGGGUCGCCGGACGGCAUCUUGCCGCCCAGUAUCGCAUCCCCCGGUCCGACGGCGUCGCGCGCUGACAAGGCGCUGGCUGCGAUCACGCUGGCGUUGGCCAGUGGCGCGGGCGGCCUUAACGACUAUACCCCUCUGCAGAGCGUAAGCUCACAGCGCGACACUGCCGAAGGAGACGCCGGUGAGCUCUGGCAUUAAAGCCGCAUUCAACCAUGAAGCAUCAAGUCAUCCUGUGCAAAAAUGCAUCAAAUCAUCGAUAUGUUUCCAGUUUCUCAAGUCCCUCCCUGAUAUGGGGUGUAAAACAUGUAAUCUGGUCUCUACUGCCCUUCC